AUGGGAAAUAUAGCUAGUGAACAAAAAAAAAAGCCAAUGACAUUACAAGAUUUAACUACAAAAAUAGGGGAAUACAGAACUAUAAAUGAGGGGGAUCCUGAAAUGGUAGAAGAUCCCGAGUUUCCUCAGGAGAUGAUGCUUGAAGCUUUGAAUAAAAAUAAUACUAUUGAAGGGAACUCAAUUCAAGGAACGUAUGUAUAUUAUCCAAAUAAAAGAAAACCUAAAAUGUGGAUAGGAAAUUAUAAAAUAUUAAACCCUGAAGAUAUCUUAUGCAAAAAUGUGGCAGAAAAAAUAGGAAUGACUGAAAUAGAAUGGAAAAACUAUAUCAAAAGAAAAAGUACAUUUCAGGAAGAACCAAAAAAAAAUGAAAAUUUUCCACAUUUUAAUUACCCUUCCUCUGAACAAUCAAGAGCAUUAAAAGAAAUAAUGAAGAACAGUAAUAUUGAUUAUUCUUAUGACAAAAAUGAAUUUUUAGAACAUUACAAUGAUAAGGGAUACAUUAUAGAUUCUCCACAUUUUAACAAUAAUCAUGAAUUGAAAAAUGACUACGAUUAUGAUCAAUAUCCUAAUAAUAUUGAAGUGAUAAAAAAUGAUUAUUCACUUGAUGAAAAUAUAUAUUGUGAUAAGAAAAGUACAAAGGAUAAAAAGAUAUUCGAAGACAGCUAUAUCAAUAAAUUAAAUGAUGAAAUUACAAAAAUUAGGGAAGAGCAAGAAAGAAUGAUUAAUGAGGAAUGCAAAGAUAUAUAUGCAUAUUCUAAGUCUAAUACAGAUCAUAUAAUUAUUCCACAAAAGAAAAGAUCCUUUUUAAUAGAAGAAAACGAUACAAUUGCAUAUGAUAAUAAGAAUAUAAUAGAAAAAUUAAUGAAUGAGAAAAAAAAUAAAGUCAAUUCACAAUUUUGUGCUUUAAAACAAAAAAACAAAAAAGAUGGGUAUAAAAAUUUAUCGUCCAUGAGUACAAAAGGAAGUUUAGGUUUAGAUAAUUCUAACAUUAAUGAAAAUAUAUCAAAUAAAAAUGUGUAUUUAAAUAGAACAUUAGUAAAAUAA